GAGGUAUGAUAUGUACGUGAUUGAUCCAAAGAAAAAGAUCCAAUCUUAGUUGCAUCAGGUUAUAUGAAACUUGAAAAGGCAGACAAAGAAGGCAAUAUUACCGUACAUGGAGUAAAAAAGAAGUUUGCUGAUUUUAAACGUGUCUUUAUUGAGAAGGUGGUUGAAAAAAAUAUCAUUCUCCCAUGCCCUAUAGAGCAUGAAGGCUUCGACACAGUUGGUUUAGCUGUGAAUAAUUUUGUAGCUUGGCUAAAGAACCUAAUCGGCAUACAUCCAGAUGAUUUAGAAAAGAUGAAAGAAAAGAAGAAGGUUUCGAGAGAUCAUUCAGCUCCACUAACUCAGCCACUGAUAAACCCAACAGUGUUGGCUAUAAGCCUGUGAACCCUGGUCUAUUGCACAGGGCCCAUUUAAAUAAGGGCCCAAUUCCUU